UUCGCUGUUGUGUUCCGACACAGGCACCAUGGUAUCCGUAGAGAAGUCCAAAAAUGUCAUGCGCGAUGUGCAUGUAAGCAAGCUAUGUCUCAACAUCUGCGUUGGAGAGAGUGGUGACAAGCUUACUCGUGCAGCCAAGGUGUUGGAGAGUCUGACUGGUCAAAAACCAGUUUUCUCAAAGGCCCGGUACACUGUGCGCUCCUUCGGCAUCAGAAGAAAUGAGAAGAUCGCAGUCCAUUGCACUGUGCGAGGACCUAAAGCUGAGGAGAUCUUAGAGAAGGGAUUGAAGGUCCGUGAGUACGAGUUGCGUCGUGACAACUUCUCUGCGAAUGGAAAUUUCGGUUUUGGAAUUCAAGAGCACAUUGACCUGGGUAUCAAGUAUGACCCAUCCAUUGGUAUCUUCGGUUUGGAUUUCUACGUUGUGCUCCAGCGCCCAGGUUACCGUGUAGCCAAGCGCCGCCAUUCACCAGGGAGGAUUGGUCCCCAGCAUUGCUUGCACAAAGAGGAUGCAAUUAAAUGGUUCCAAACCAAGUAUGAGGGCAUCAUAUUGCCUGGCAAGAAGAAGUAAACUUGUACAAUAAACAGGAAAUACU